CCGGGCGCGCGCUGUGGACACACGAUGACGGCGCUGCGAUGGAAUCAAAAGACGAAGAUAGUCACGUUCGGGGGUGCGACCGAGCUCGAGGGCGGAAGCGGGGCGAACGCGAGCGCGAACGUGGGGUUGAGCCCGCAGGCGGGUCGAGACGCGGGCGCGUGGGUCAAGCUGAGCGGCGCGACGAAUGAAUUGCACGUCUUGGACCCGUUUAACGGGGAGUGGGGGAAGUUGGAGUGCGGCGGUGACGUGCCGAGCCCGCGGGCGGCGCACGGGGCGGCCACGGUGGGAGGGAUGCUCGUCGUGCUCGGCGGCAUCGGGCCGGACGGGUUGGCGGAUGAAGAUUUGUACGUGUUGGAUUUAGCGACGAGGGACCCGAAGUGGCACCGCGUGCACGUGCGGGGGCAAGGUCCGGGGCAACGAUACGCGCACGUGUUGAGUUUCGUGGCGCAGAGAUUUUUGGUGGUGAUCGGGGGGACGGACGGUUCGAAGUGCUUGGACGAUACGUGGGUGUUGGACACGACGACGAAACCGUACGAAUGGACCAAGUGCGCGCCGAGUGGGCCCGUGCCGAGCGCGAGAACGUACGCGAGCGCGAGUACUCGAAGCGAUGGUCUGUUGCUGCUCUGCGGUGGCCGCGGUGCGGACGGUUUCGCGCUGAAUGACGCGUACGGUUUGGCUAGGCACCGCGACGGGCGUUGGGAGUGGGCCGAAGCGCCGGGCAAGGCACCAACGCGUCGAUACCAGCACGCGACCGCAUUCGUGGACACGAGAUUGCACAUCACCGGUGGGGCGUCGGGUGGGGGACAGCUCGUCACGAACGAAGCGACGAUGUCGAUGCUGGACACGUCGUCGGGUGGAAGCACGGGAUGGCGGGACGCGAAGAGUUCCGAGGGCAAGGCACAGCUUUCCUACGACGCGAGCUCACUCGUCGGACGACGGUGCCGCCAUGCAAGUGUGGCGUAUGGUCCAUUCAUUUUCGUGCACGGUGGUUUGAGAAACGGAACGUUGUUGGAUGAUUUGGUCGUGCUCGAAGAGCCGCCGCAAGAGAGCGGUUCGACGCGCGCCGAACGCACGCGAGAGCUCGCGACUCUCAUCGAUCCGAAUUCCUUGGCUUGGCGUAAAUGGCUCGGUGAAACCGGGCUGUCGGCUGAUAUAUUAGGAAUGCACUCGCCGAGAAACGUUCGAGACUCGUUCGCAAUCAACACGCAACGAGACGCAACGUAUUCAAACGGAUCCUUCAGUUCGCCCUCGUCUCCCGAGGGCAUCGCCUUGCGACCGCUCGGAGGUUCGCCGGGGUCCCCGGAUUCGCCCGACAACAUGAACGCCGCUGCGGAGAAAGAGCUGCGUGCGGCGAGCGCGCAAGAAGCGGCAGCCGCGCUCGAGUUGGUCGCUCGAAGAAAGUUUUCGUUGGGCGAAUCUGACUCUGGCUCUCCGGGAUCGUCCGUGCACACGCCAUCGCCUGGAUUCGCUCGUUUCGGCUCCCCAGAAUCGGCUCUACGCACGCCCGCGUCGGAAGUUAGGUUACAUCAUCGUGCCGUAGUCGUUGCCGCCGCGCCGCCAGAUUCUGGCGCGAAGUCAACGCCGCGAGGCGUCGCGAGCAUGGUGCGGCAGCUGUCCAUCGAUCAGUUUGAAAACGAGGCGCGACGCAUCGGUACUCCCGGUGUGGAUAUGCUCACCCCCGGAGACACUCCAGCGAAGAUGGCGCGCGCGAGACGCGCCGCUGAGCUCGGGGCGCAACCCGUGCACAAGGCCGUGCUCACGCACUUGCUUCAUCCGCACACCUGGGAGCCGAGCACGGAUCGUCGAUUCUUUCUUAGCGCGAGCGCCAUCAACGAGUUAUGCGACGCCGCAGAGCAUUGUUUCAAGAACGAAGAGACCGUACUUACGGUGAAAGGUCCGGCGAAAAUCUUUGGCGACCUGCACGGUCAGUUUGGAGAUUUGAUGCGGUUAUUCGCCGAAUACGGCGCGCCAUCGACGGCGGGCGACAUCGCAUACAUCGAUUACGUUUUCUUGGGAGACUACGUCGAUCGCGGUGCGUACUCCUUGGAGACCAUUUCUCUGCUGCUCGCGCUGAAAAUUGAGCACCCGCAAGCUGUGCAUUUACUUCGCGGUAACCACGAAGAGUCGGACAUCAAUGCGUUGUUUGGAUUCCGCAUCGAGUGCGUCGAGCGUCUGGGCGAAUCCGCGGGCGACGCAGUCUGGCGAAGAUUCAACGAGUUGUUCGAAUGGCUCCCGCUUGCGGCCGUCAUCGAGGAUCGUAUUUGCUGCAUGCACGGUGGUAUCGGCCGUAGCUUGACGCACAUCUCGCAAAUCAAUGAGCUGAAGCGACCGUUGAACAUGGAAAACGGCGGCGUCGAGCUCAUGGACAUUCUCUGGAGCGACCCGACAGAGAACGAUGGUAUCGAAGGUUUACGCCCGAACGCGCGGGGUCCAGGUCUCGUGACUUUCGGGCCAGAUCGUGUGAAGGCGUUCUGCGAAACGAACGGGAUCCAGAUGAUCAUCCGCGCGCACGAGUGCGUCAUGGACGGUUUCGAGCGUUUCGCCCAAGGACAACUGCUCACCGUCUUUAGCGCAACAAACUAUUGCGGGACCGCGAAUAACGCCGGAGCGAUUCUGGUGUUAGGGCGCGAUCUGACGUUAUACCCCAAGCUCAUCCACCCGUUACCACCGAUCGCCAUGGAGUCUUUAUCGCCCUCCGACCGCAUCGACGACAACUUGUGGCUGCAAGACGUCAACCGCGAUCGUCCGCCGACGCCUCCGCGCGGCCGC